CCAUCUCCUGCAACUCAAGUCUACUAUUUCAUGGAGAGAAGAGAAAAGGGGUGCUCCCAAUUUCGGUCAUGGCCCUAGAAACACUCUAUUCUCGAGAUUCCGAUAAGAUCCACACCGACGUGCUCGCAGAAGCGAGGCAAGCCUGCUACAAGGCACGGGACGCUUUCUACGCUUGUCUUGAGAAGGAAUCUAACAAGAAACCCACUGAAGUUGCUUCCGUCGGUCUUCUAUACCCGGUCGAAUGCAAGAAAUCCAGGGCUGAAUUUGAAAACCAAUGCCGACGCACAUGGGUUAAGCAUUUCGAUCGCCAGUAUUGUGCGAAGAAGAGGGUUCAGAGGCUUUUGGAUAAUGAUGAGUCAAGGAGAGAGAUGUGGAUGUUGAGAUGGAUGUGCGGCAAAACUAGGAGAGAUAGAGUGAUGAAUAACAGGGUUAGAGCUGAGUUGACAGUGGCCCCCGAUUCAGGACAAGCUUCAAGAAUGCCGCUUACGGUGGUAUGGACAUGUUUAAAGGAAGCCUUGGGAUGCUUCAGUACGGAGAAGUGAGUGGGAAGGACAAAAGGAGUUAGGUGCAGGCCUAAAAUGACCAUUGAUGAGUUAGUAAGGAAAGAGAUGCAAAAGCUAAGUCUUGAAAGUAGUUUAACAUCAAACAGGGCUGUUGGAGGGCAAAGAUCCAUGUUGCCGAUUGCGUUUAGAUGGGAUGGCCCAGUGGUGUUUCAUUGCCCUGUUUUACUUCUUCACUUUUUCUAUUCCCCUUUUCCCUCUUCUUUCUGUUAUGCUUUUCUUUUUUUUGACAGAUCCAUGUAGCUGACCCCAUUCGGUAGGGAAAAGGCUAAGUUGUUGUUUGUUGUUGUUGUAUUUGCAGAGAUAUUUUACAUACUUAAUUCUAACAUUUUAUGAGAGGACUCAACUUGGUUAUCAGUCUUUUCUGAUCAGUCCAGUUAAAGUUAUAUUAUUUCCUCUUUAGUCUUUAGUUUUAUAUUUCCUCUGUUCUGGUGAUUUUGAAAUUUCUGCUAGACUAUUCCAGUUCUGGUUAUGGACUGGUUAUUGCAUUAGAUGGAGUAGCUGUUUCAUAUCUUUCUUGAAAUUGUGAAACUUCAGGGAUUAGAUUUCGUUCAUAUUUUA